UUUCGUAAAACCUAAGAUCCUCUCUCUCUCUCUCUGUCUCUGUCUGUCUCUCUCUCUCUCACUCUCGCCGGCGAAGCCCGCCGCCAUGGCCGCCCAGCUCCGCCUCUCGCCGCUUCCCAAAUCCGACGCCUCCCACCUCGCCGAAUUCCGCCGCCUCCCCGCUGGACUCCCCAAGCCCGCCUCCAUUCCCCUCCGUCCCUCCGCCACCAGCGCCGCCUCCCUCUCCCUCUCCCUCUCCCUGCUCUCCCCCCGAUCCUCCAACCCUAACCUCUCCCAAAGCCUCACCUCCCCGGAUCUCCCCGUCGUCGGCGGCUCCGGCGACAUACCACCCGCGGGCUCUGGCGGCGGCGGCGGCGGAGGAUGGGGCUCCGACGGUGCCCCUGGCGAUCACCACCAUGGGGAGGACCCCUCCUCCGAUCGCGGCGCUGGCGGCCCCCUCGGGCUUUUCCUCGAGGGGUGGCGAUCUAGGGUUUCCGCCGAUCCCCAGUUCCCCUUCAAGGUCCUCAUGGAGGAGCUCGUCGGCGUCACUGCCUGCGUCCUUGGCGACAUGGCCUCCCGCCCCAACUUCGGCCUCAACGAGCUCGACUUCGUCUUCUCCACCAUGGUCGUCGGAUCCAUCGUCAACUUCGUCCUCAUGUACCUCCUCGCCCCCACCGCCGCCACUGCCGCCACCGCCAGCUCCAUUUUCCCCAGCCACAUGUUCGAGCCCGGCGCCUACUCGCUCCUCUCUCGCCUCGGCACCAUCGUCUACAAAGGCGCCACCUUUGCCGCCGUCGGGUUCGCGGCGGGAUUGGCGGGGACGGCGAUCUCGAAUGGAUUGAUCUCACUAAGGAAGAAGAUGGACCCGGAGUUCCACUCGCCGAACAAGCCGCCGCCGCCGGUGCUGAACGCGUUGACGUGGGCGCUGCAUAUGGGAAUAAGCAGCAAUCUCAGGUACCAGUCGCUGAAUGGGUUGGAGUUUGUGAUGGAGAAGGCGCUGCCGCCGGCUGGGUUCAAGGCGUCGGUGGUAGUGCUGAGGAGCUUGAACAAUGUUCUUGGUGGGAUGUCGUUCGUCGUUCUCGCGCGGCUGACGGGGUCGCAGAAGGUGGAGGGAGAGGAGGAGAAGAGUGAGUUGAAGGAGAGGUUGGUGGAUGAUGGGGUGGCGGCAGAUGGUGGAGAUGUGGUGGUGCAGAGGAGUGAGUCACAACCUAAGUAAGUAAUUUCGAACUCCUCUUCUUAGUUUUGUGGAAAAAAUGUUGAAAAUUCAGGGAAAGAUUGAUUUUUAGCCAGGAGUAAUAGGGUUAUGUAAACUGGUUUUCUUAUUGAAGGAAUGGUUGAAGUUAGGUGUGUCAGGCUUUGACUGGUUUCAUGAAUAAUGAGUUCGGGAGAUUCCACUUUCCAGUUUCCACCUUAGUUUCGUCUUUAUAGAGUUUUGAACGAAAGGAAUUUGGUCCUUUUUAAUUAUAUUGAUGGAGACGCAUUUAUGUUUAAUUUUGAUAUAUCUGCAGUUUAGAUUUUUAUUUUAUAUGAGAUAUUACUUGGUUUAGGCAA